CGCAGCCCCGCCUCCGUAACCCGGAAGUAGAUGAUUCUCACGGAAGCCGGCUUUGGCCCUGCGGCUGCUCCUGUCGCCGCGGAGAAAUUGUUGGAGCUGGCAGCCUAGGAAUGACUCUCUUCUCGGCGUCUAAGCUCACUUGGUCAGAAUCCUUGGAUGAGCCUGUGGGACCGGUCCUCCUAGCCCUGUGGUUUGGAGCCAGUGGCUUUGGGACCGUGAGAGGAUGGACAAAGAUUCCCAGGGGCUGCUAGAUUCAUCCCUGAUGGCAUCAGGCACCGCCAGCCGUUCAGAGGAUGAAGAGUCCCUGGCGGGGCAGAAGCGAGCCUCCUCCCAGGCCCUGGGUACUAUCCCUAAACGGAGAAGCUCUUCCAGGUUCAUCAAAAGGAAAAAAUUUGAUGAUGAGCUGGUAGAGAGCAGCCUGGCCAAAUCCUCGACCCGGGUGAAGGGAGCCAGUGGAGUGGAAUCAGGCCGCUGUUCGGGGAGCGAACCCUCCUCUAGUGAGAAGAAGAAGGUAUCCAAGGCCCCCAGUACUCCUGUGCCACCCAGCCCUGCCCCAGCCCCUGGACUCACUAAGCGUGUGAAGAAAAGCAAACAGCCACUUCAGGUGACGAAGGAUCUGGGCCGAUGGAAGCCUGCAGAUGACCUCCUACUCAUCAAUGCUGUGUUGCAGACCAAUGACCUGACGUCUGUCCACCUGGGUGUGAAGUUCAGCUGCCGCUUCACCCUCCGGGAAGUUCAAGAGCGUUGGUACGCCCUGCUCUACGACCCUGUCAUCUCCAAGCUGGCUUGCCAGGCCAUGAGACAACUGCACCCAGAAGCCAUUGCAGCCAUUCAGAGCAAGGCCCUGUUCAGCAAGGCUGAGGAGCAGCUGCUGAGCAAAGUAGGAUCGACCAGCCAGCCCACCUUGGAAACCUUCCAGGACUUGUUGCACAGACACCCUGAUGCCUUCUACCUGGCGCGUACUGCCAAGUCUCUGCAGGCCCACUGGCAGCUCAUGAAACAGUAUUACCUACUCGAGGAUCAGACAGUGCAGCCGCUGCCUAAGGGGGACCAAGUGCUAAACUUCUCUGACGCAGAGGACCUGAUUGACGACAGUAAGCUCAAGGACAUGCGAGAUGAAGUCCUGGAGCAUGAGCUGACAGUGGCUGACCGGCGCCAGAAACGGGAGAUCCGGCAGCUGGAGCAGGAGUUGCAUAAGUGGCAGGUUCUGGUGGACAGCAUCACAGGCAUGAGCUCUCCGGACUUCGACAACCAGACUCUGGCCGUGUUGCGGGGCCGCAUGGUGCGAUACCUAAUGCGCUCUCGUGAGAUCACCCUGGGCAGAGCAACCAAGGACAACCAGAUCGAUGUGGACCUGUCUCUAGAAGGUCCAGCCUGGAAGAUCUCCCGAAAGCAAGGUGUCAUCAGGCUGAAAAACAAUGGUGACUUCUUCAUUGCCAAUGAGGGCCGGCGGCCCAUCUAUAUUGAUGGCCGGCCUGUGCUGUGUGGCUCCAAGUGGCGGCUUAGCAACAACUCUGUGGUGGAGAUCGCCAGCCUGCGAUUCGUCUUCCUCAUCAACCAGGACCUCAUCGCCCUCAUCCGGGCUGAGGCUGCCAAAAUCACACCACAGUGAUUUUGCCCGGGUAGCAGAAACCAGGGCAUUCUCUGGCCUCAGUUUCCCCUGUCAUUCCAGCUCCCUUGAGCUGGGAACUCAGGCUCCUGAAAAACCCUUCCACCCAGAGUGGGUAGUGGAGGCCCAACUGCUGGCCCAUUGAUUUGAGCCGCGGAGGCAAGGUGGGAUCACCACGGGGAAGCCAGGAGAGGCUGGGACCCCUGUGCCUCCCCAGAGCCAGAGCCCCCACCAUUGCCACAUCACUCCUGUGUCUCCUUGGAUCAGCUUUAGACUCCUCCUUUUUUGUUUUCUUUUUGUAAAUAAAACGCACCAAGUUCCAAAGUA